AUGUACUUCACCAACCUAAACUUCAUCUCUACCCUCUCGCUUCUACCCCUCACCUAUGCCAUGGCCUCUCCAAUGGACCCUCCUGCAUCUCUAAAGUGCCACUGUAUUACCUUCCCACCCCAGCCUUCAUCUCAUCCGUGCAACAUUGCCGGCUCCCAGGACCUGAGCUGGCACUCUGCCCGCACAUUCGCAGCAUCCCACAACCUCCCACUCUACUUCGCCAGCCAGGACACCAUCUCUAAAGUGCUUCACGCCCAGCAUCCGCUACCAACCAGCCUUCUCUUAUCCAUGGACAAGCAGAGUCCGUUCUUCCCUCAGGCCUCCAUCACCAACGACGGCACGAGCAGGGUCAUCUGUGAGGUUGACGAUGAACUGCGCCGGAAAUGGAUGAAGCAGGCUGAAAAGGAUGGCAAGAGGGGCUACGACGUCUUCAUUCUCCAGGUUGUCAUGAUCCUGCUUCUAUUGAUCAUUGGGUUCGAGGCCGGUAGUGUAGUUUGGACAAGCCUGCAUCGCGCGUUCUUCAAAAAAUCAGCACCGAUUAGGCUAUCGGGUGAGGAGAAGUGCUUGACUGCUAUCACCACCGAGUAUAAUACCUCCUCAACAUCUGGAUCUGAGAAACACGCAGAUGCAACAAUUCCCCGGCUUCCAGUGUAUAUGGCACAGAACACUCCUCAGAUCUGUGGACAUAUGGACAUUCCCUGGGAGAGCGACUGA